AUGGACACCAUAAACUUGGAUUUUGAUUAUGAGUGUAAUAUUACUCCAUCUUCAGAUAAAUCUGAAAAGAACAGUUCUUCUAUCAAUGAUGGCACUAGCAAAAAGAGACAACGUAGAAAGACAUCAGCUGCUUGGGAUGAAUUCUAUUUGUUACCUAUAGAUAUGCAUAUGGAUUAUGGAACCAAACUUCAUGUGAAAAAAAUUGAGCAAGAUGUUUAUCGUGAGAAGAUGGCAAUUGCCGUAAUAAAAUAUUGUUAUCCUUUUUCAUGGGUUGAGCAUGAAGGAAAUCAAGAUGUGCAUAAAUAUCUUAAUCCUGAUGUUAAACCAAUUGCUAGGAACACUGCUAAAGCUGAUGUAUUGAAAAUACAUAAAAGGGAGAAGGAGAAACUUAAACUUACGCUACAGAGUGCUUUUGGUAGAGUGUGUUGGACUUCUAAUUGUUGGUCUUCUCCUACAACUGAAGGAUAUUUAUGCAUUACAGUUCAUUUUGUGGAUGAAAAUUGGGUAUUGCAUAGUAAUAUUAUUAACUUUUCUCACAUGCCACCCCCACAUUCAGGAGUUGCUUUGUCAGAAAAAACAUUUAGUGUAUUGAAGGAAUGGGGUAUUGAUAGGAAGAUAUUUUUCAUCACAUUGGAUAAUGCAACUACUAAUGAUAGAAUGCAAGAUAUUCUUUCAAGUCAAUUGUCUUUGCAAGCACCUUUAGUAAGUGGCGGUGAAUAUUUUCAUGUAAGGUGUUGUGCUCAUAUUUUGAAUCUUAUUGUUCAAGAAGGCUUAAAAGUUAUUGAACGUGUUGUGUAUAACAUUAGAGAAAGUGUCAAGUAUAUUAAGGGUUCAGAAGGCAGAAAACGUAAGUUUGAAGAGUGCAUUAAACAAGUUGGUAUACUUGCUUCAAUCAAUUUGCGCUUGGAUGUACCAACUAGGUGGAAUUCAACUUUCAUGAUGAUAGAAAGUGCCCUCAUAUAUCGACGGGCUUUAAUUCAUUAUGCUUUACUUGAUGCAAAUUAUAAGUAUUGUCCGUCAAAUGAAGAGUGGAAUAGAGCUGAGGUCAUUUGCAAUUUCUUGGAGCCAUUUUACGACAUGACAAAACUCUUCUCGGGUUCGGAUUAUCCUACAUCUAAUUUGUAUUUUUCAAAUAUAUGGAAAAUUCAAUUGCAUUUACUUGAAACAAUGGAAAAUUCGGACUGCAUUGUUAAUGGUAUGGCUGCAAAAAUGAAAGAGAAGUUCGAUAAAUAUUGGAAGUGUUAUAGUGUUGUUUUGGCAUUUGCAAUUGUUCUUGAUCCUCGUUACAAGCUUCAAUUUGUCGAGUUUUGUUACUCAAAGAUUGAUUCAUCCACUUCUCGGCAAAAGCUAAAUCUCCUUCGUCAAAAGUUGUACUCUCUAUUCCAAGAUUAUGCAAACAAAUCAAAAUCUUCUUUGGAAUCUACUGCUCCUUCUACUAGGGGUACUGGUGGUAGUGACAAUCUCAUGAGAGAUAAGCUUUCGGUUCUUAACAAAUAUCGAAGAUCACUUUUGCCGGAAAAUGCAAGAGCAUUGAUAAUAACUCGAUAUUGUGGAUCCAAGUGA